AGACUUGCAGUAUCCGAAAACUUUCGCCAGUGCACAAUAGGGUAUUGAUUCAAAAAGAAAUUAGCACCUGUCUUAAGCUAACAAGCUGCUUGAAAGCAAUAACUAAAGCACACAACAACACACAAUGCACAAUGGCUUUUAACGGCAAAACUAUGACUAAAAUAUGACUUAAUAGCAUUCGAAGCAGCGGCGCACACACACAGUUGAUAGUUGAUAACAAAGGCUAGAGCCUAGCAGCAGGUUUGCGUGCUCGAGAAUCAAAAAACAAGGGAAUUAUACAUGCAUACAUACAUAUAUGUGCGCUACUAGUUAAUGCAGGAAGUACAACAACAAAAACAACAGCAAUAAAAGCACAACAAGUACAGCGGCGCCGAGGGCAAUCGGUAGUGGCGUGGGUCUAGACAGCCGCCUGACGCCAACCGCUGUUAAGGAUACAAGUUAAAAGAGCCCAGCAACAAACAACAAUGCGUGUUCACAGUCGGGAAUCAAAACAAUGACGUCAUCGUCAUCACUGGUAGCAGCAAUAGGAUUCAAAAAGUUCCACCAGCGCCAGCACCAGCACUGAAAAGCACCAGACUCCUCGCACUAAACAAACAAACAACGCAAAAGCGGUAGCUUCGUACAAUACAAAGGAAAUAAGAAAAAAGGAGCAAAGGCUGCGCUGCCAUAGGGAAAUAGUAAAUAAGCCGCACAAAUGUCGGAACACUUGCCUACAUCGUCAACAGCGCGUAUUCACUACAGCGAUGACUGCGCACGGGAGGGAGCUGGCAGCAGCAAUAGUGGCCGCCUGGCAGCCACCGCCAGUGUUGAUUCUACUAGCAGCGUCGUGCGCGGCGGCACACCGACCUGCUCACCCCACGGCUCUCCCCAGUUACAGCAGCGUCUGGGCAAGCAUCUGAGUAAGUCUGCAUCAGAGCUGAACGGCCACGACUGCCACAACAACGAAUCGCCGCAUAUCUCGCCGAAACGGGCCAAAAGUGCCGCCUCCCCACACCUCAGCAGCGGCGUGGGCGUGCUACAGAAAACGCACGGAUUUUUCAACAAUCUUCGGCAUCGCUGGACACGGGCACGCAGCAAAGACCGUCUAGGUCGCAAAUCCCCCAGCGACUUUCUGGAGGAGAGCACCGACUAUGCCGCCGACUAUAGCUCGGAGAGCAGCUCAGUAACGCAAAGUCCGCGACAUCGGGCAACCACCAUCGGUGGCUCACCCCUGGCGCGUGAGUUUCGCGCCACCGCGAAAAUGGCGCAGGUUAUUCAACGCUUCGGCGGCUCCAUGGAGGGCCGGAUCGAUGAGCAUCCAGAGAAUGGAGGAGCGAACUCGCCGAUGGCAGCCAAUGGUGCUGAGAUGACAGCUCAACAGCAAAUUGAUGCUCUGCAGGCCGACGAACUGCGUCGCAAACGGGAAGCUCAAUUACGUCAAUAUGUCUUCUUUCAGCUGCGCGUGCAUCUCAAAUCCGGCAACGACCUGGUGGCCAUGGAUAAGAAUGGUCUGAGCGAUCCGUAUGUCAAGUUCAAGGUCGGUGGACGGCUUCUGCACAAAUCGCGCACCAUACACCGUGACCUUAACCCCGUGUGGGACGAGGUGUUCAUUGUACCUGUGGAGGACCCAUUCCAGCCCAUUAUUGUCAAGGUCUUCGACUAUGACUGGGGCCUUCAGGACGACUUCAUGGGCUCGGCCAAAAUCGAUCUCACACAACUAGAGUUGGGCAAAGCGGAAGAUAUUAGACUGCAGCUCAACGAUAGCAACAACAGCGAGCGCGGCAUGGGCGAGAUACUCAUCAAUUUGACUUUGUGGCCUCGCAGCCAGGAGGACAAGGAAAUGCACUUUCAACGGAAUUCGAAAUUGGCCGAGUCAUCGAAGCGGCUGAAAUCGCAAAUCUGGAGCUCCGUGGUAACGAUAUUGCUGGUUAAAGCGAAAGAUUUGCCGCGGGCCGAGGACGGCAGCAAACUAAUUGAUACGCAUUUUAAGUUCAGACUCGGCAAUGAGAAAUACAAGAGUAAGUCUUCCUGGACUGAACGCUGGUUGGAGCAGUUCGAUUUGCACCUGUUCGAUGAGGAUCAGAAUCUGGAGCUGGCGCUCUGGAACCGAAACACAAUCUACGGCAAAUCCAACAUUGAUCUGAGCGUGUUCCAGCGCGAGACAACACAUGGAAUUUGGAAAUCCUUCGAUGACUGCCCCGGCGAGGUGUUCCUCAUGCUGACCAUUAGUGGCACCACCGCGCUUGAGACCAUCAGUGACCUGAAGGCCUUCAAGGAGGAUCCGCGGGAGGUGCAACUGCUACGAGAUCGCUAUCGUUGGCAUCGCUGUUUCCAGAAUCUCCGCGAUGUCGGCCACUUGACUGUGAAGGUGUUCGGGGCCACUGGUCUCGCUGCCGCUGAUAUUGGCGGCAAAUCCGAUCCAUUUUGUGUGCUGGAGCUGGGCAAUGCGCGCCUGCAGACUCAAACGGAGUACAAGACUCUGACGCCUACUUGGAACAAAAUAUUUACUUUCAAUGUCAAAGACAUAACACAGGUGCUAGAAAUAACCGUCUACGAUGAGGAUCGUGACCAUCGGGUUGAGUUCCUGGGCAAGCUGGUGAUACCGCUGUUGCGCAUCAAGAACGGCGUCAAACGCUGGUACACCCUGAAAGACAAGAAUCUCUGUGUACGCGCCAAGGGCAACUCGCCACAGAUCAUGCUGGAGCUGACUGUGAUCUGGAAUGAAGUGCGCGCCGUUUGUCGAGCUCUUCAGCCCAAGGAGGAGAAGCUUAUACAGCAGGAGGCCAAGUUCAAGCGGCAACUAUUUCUGCGCAACGUCAAUCGGCUGAAGGAGAUCAUCAUGGACAUUCUAGAUGCAGCGCGUUAUGUUCAAAGUUGCUUCGAGUGGGAAUCCCCGGUGCGUUCGUGCAUUGCGUUCGUUCUAUGGAUACUCGCCUGUGUGUAUGGCGAUCUGGAGACCGUUCCCUUAGUUCUGUUGCUCAUCAUACUUAAGAAGUGGCUUAUACGCCUCAUAACAGGCACUACUGACGCAGGCGUUGGCCACUACGACUACGAUUACGAUGAGGAUGAUGACGAUGACAAGGAGAAGGAGGAGAAAAAGUCAAUUAAGGAGCGCUUGCAGGCCAUACAGGAAGUAUCGCAGACAGUGCAAAAUACAAUCGGCUAUCUGGCCUCAUUAUGCGAGAGCACUAUAAACACAUUCAACUUUUCCGUCCCCGAAUUGACCUGGCUAGCCGUAGUGCUGCUUCUGGGUGCCAUUUUUGUGCUUCAUUUCGUGCCAUUGCGUUGGAUAUUGCUCUUCUGGGGCUUCAUGAAAUUCUCACGCCGCAUUCUACGACCCAAUACCAUACCCAACAAUGAACUAUUGGACUUCUUAUCACGUGUGCCCGACAACGAGGAGAUCAAUCAAUUUCGUGAACUACCACCGUCGGCGCCCACCGAUCAAGCCCGCAGCAAUCCCAAAAAGAAACUGAAACCCUCAUAGUCCAUAACCAGCGCUGACGUGCCGGCGUCCCUGCAGUACAGCGGCACGGGGCAGCGUUCCCAGCCACUGAUGCAGCAAAUGACGACACGUUUCCGCGCCAACACAGCCCAACUCAAGCAGAAGUUCAACCAGGCCAAGAGCUUGGGGCAAUACGAUUAGCCACUUAUUGGAAACUCAAUCUAGAUAUACGAAGCAUACUUGUACUUUACUUCAAAUCUACUCAAUGGCAACUUAAUUAGCUACAAAUUCCAAAGCUUACUCGAAUACGUCGAAGCAAUUUCACCUCAAUUAUGCACAACAAAUUUUAUUAAAUUAUGAAUAUGUAUGAAUGUAUUUCGUAAGUCAAGCUAACUAUUUACACACCUACAAUGUAUAAUACUAUACACGUAUAUAUAAAUCAACUGCAACAACAACAAUACUAUCAAGAAAACAAACUGAAUUAUUGAACAAUGCGCAAACACUUUUAAGAGCUGACACUAAGAGCUCUUUAAUAAUAUAUGUAUAUGUAUAUGUAGUAUGUAUUAUUGUAUGUACCUAUGGCGAACAUUUAUUUUUGAAAAUCUACUCAAGUAUUUACCUACUUAGAUGCUUACGAAGCAAUUCCCUUAUAGCCCUAAUUGCAAUGCAUCCAAUUUUAUGGUUAAUAGUUUUACAUUUAAAUUUUACAUUUGUGAUAUUUUCUAAAAUUUGCAACUAGAUGUACUUCGUAACUUGCCUAUACAAAUAUAUAGUGUGUAUGUAUAAAUACAUACAUACAUGCAGUAAAUCCGUUGAAUUCCCAUUAUAUAUUU